AUGUCGCAGGGGUCAUUCGCGUCAUUGCAAAUUCAUCGCGCAGGGUUUGAGGAGGAGGAGCACCACAAGAAGGUGGAGCUGGAAGAGGCGCUGCAGAGCCACCUUUGGCAGAAGGAGCCCACAGGCGUCAGCUCAACGUCAGGGCAUGGUUACAUUGGGGGCGAGCACGACAGAGGCGACAGCGAGAAAGACAUCCGCGAGGUGGAACCCUGGAGCGAGUUGGACGAUCUUCUGUUCAGAGCCAUUGAAGAGCGGGACGCCGCGUCGGUGCAGUUGUUGGUGGAGUGUCGAGUGGACCCGGAGAAGCACUCCAACGAAGAGAAUAGUCACAUCUCGGCCGUGCACCUCACAGUCGAGAUCGGCUGGGUGGAUGGAAUCAGGUAUCUUUGCAAAGUGAAAGCGGAUGUCAACUUGGCACCAGAGAAGUGCAGUUCGCCGCAGCCUGGUACCUCCCGAUUCUACCGCUUUUAUUGCUGGGAUUGGGACUGCUUUGGCUUGGGCACGACAACGGCGCUGAGACGCCCACGCAGUCCCGCCUGGCAUCGGCGUCAAAGGCGGGCAAGGCACAAGGCCAGGAAGGCCGCGAGAAAAGGGCGCUCCUCAGCGGCGCAGCUUUUUCUGCUUGCGACCCACCACGGGAGCAUGGCUCCCAAGCAAGGAGGUGCUGGCAGUCAGUCAUCACAGAAGGGCGGCCCAGGAAAGGGCAAAGAGAAAGCGGACAAUCCGCAGGUCACAAAGAUCGAAUUUGGACUGCCCCCUUCGAUGGUCCAAUCCUUACAAUCGAUCGCGACCAGGGCUACACAGGACUUGUGGAGCCAGACAGCCUUUACUGCCGAGAAUGCCACCGUCGAACAGUUAGCCCAGCGAAGUGCAAACGCCCUGGGCCGACUGUCGAGGCGGUUGAACGGCAAUGUCCGCGCCAAGAAGGACCUUCAGGAUGCGCUGCUGGCAUGGCUGUCUACAAUGGGACAGCAUCUUUUGGGCCUUGCCCACCGUGUAGAUGCUCUCAGCCGGAAGGUGGACGAGGAUACAGUCGCUGCAGUGGAAGAAAUGCGCCAAGUCAUGGCGGCACAACCCUCCGUGACCACGGAGGAGCAGCUCGACCGUGCGAUCCAGUCUUUGGGGCCAGUUUGGUCCGAGGGCCAAGUGGUGGAGGUUCAGCGUUUGGCAGCAGCUCUUCGAGCCUUCUCCACGACCCUGGCCAUGCCUUCGGGGACUCAAGUUCCAGUGCCAGGGCUGGCAGGUGUGCACAGAGGUGGCCCCUUUCUAGGGAUGCAAGCUGCAGCAGGACCAUCUUCGGAUGUUCCCAUGUUUUCUGGCCCUCAGCAGCCCGCUGGAGACCUCGCUGCCGACCACAGCUCGGAGAUGAGCUUUGGGCCCUUGGGCAACACAUCCAGCCAGGCCCCUUCCGGAAUGGACGGCCAGCGAAGUGGCCGAUGGCGGAAACGCAGCGGAGGCAAUGUCGACCGGCCCUCCAAAAGCCCGCGUCGGGACCUGGAGGGUGCACCGUGGCCUGGAGAAGCCACAGGACGCACCCCCGAAGGCCUCAAACGCGAUGCCCAGACCGCUGUUGCCGACGACGACCCAGAAUUACUGCCGGCCACUGCAACAGCAAGUGCCUGGGUUGUGUCAUGGUUGGCUCUCCUUCGCUUCGCUGUGGACAGCGGAGCCGACUUGGUGGGCGAAGUCAGCAGCUGCCCCCAGCAAGACAAGGCCAUGCAGCUCACUCUGGAUGCUCAAGCGCAGGAUGUGGUUCUACGCACUGCCGAAUCGGUCUGGACUGCUCUGGAAAAUGCUGUGGCGGACCCGGCUCAUGCCGACCUGCAAUCGCUCUUUCUAUCUCUGCAGGGAUUUCUACACAGUGUACGGGGAUGCGCCAAUGCUCUGCCACAGGUUCGUCAGGGCCUGCUGGUGGCUGCGCUCCUGUCCAAUGGGAACCUCAGGGACCCGUUUGCAUACGCCCCCUCCACCGCUCAGGAAUGGUUGUUUCCGGACCUUCUCCUGGAAGCAGGGGUGCCAUUGCGCGGGUUUGUGGCAAAGGAAGCUUCAAUGGAUGCACAUGUUCAAGUUUUGCUGCGCAUGCCUUCGCCUAUGAGGCCAGUUGGACCGGACACCUGCCAGAACGAGCUCGAGUGA